UCUCGAUCCCCAAUUCGUGGAUUAGGUUUUAACUUUUAUACAUCUCGUCGCGCAAACAACGAAUCGAGAUAAAAAAAAAUGGCGAUGAGAAGAGUAUACAGCGAGAUCAAAGGCAAGAAGGUGAAGGAGCUUCCUGCCUAUUUCAAAUCGUCGUUUUCAACGCAGUCCGUGAAGACGUAUGUGAAGAAAGGUCUCGAUAACUACAACGACAAGUACAUCCAGACCAGCUCCGUCCAGCCUCUCCUCCAUAUCUGCUUCGGAGGCAUGGCCUUCUCUUACCUCGUCGCUCUCCCCAACGAGCGUCGCCACCUCGAGCACCAGCAGCAUGCCAAGGAGCACGGUGGCCAUUGAUCUCCAGAUGUUGGUUUCUGCGAUGUUGGUGACUGAGCAUUGCACGUCUUGUUUUUUUUCUUCUUGAUUCUCCUGGAUUGAUAUUAUUGUUGAUCUAAAGGAAAACCUUUUUUUUUUUUUUUUUUUCAAAACUGAUGGUUGAUAUUGAUGAAUAAUGAAACUGUUGUUUUCUUUUGAUCGUAAUAAGCUGUGGAUUCGGCAUUUUGUUUUGUCUUAUUUAAGUGUUUCAGUUUGAUCUAUUUGAUACUUGUAUCAAAGUAGAACAUAAUGUAUAAUCGAUUAUAUCACCAUCUAUCUGAGAAAUAUCAGAACCCGUUGAAACUUA